CGCCGCGCGCCGCGCCCCUCCCCCGCAGGAGCCCGGAUGAGGAAGUGCAGCGCUGACAGGGCUGGGUUCCGUCAGAGAGUCGAAGCCGAACCGCGUCCAGACCGACCCAAACAGAGCCGCGCAGCGAACCGAACCCGCCUUCAGUCCCGCAGAGACCGCCACCGAGCGCCGCAGACAUGAACGAGCAGCAGUUGGACUGUGCGCUGGACCUGAUGAGGCGUUUGCCUCCGCAGCAGAUCGAGAAGAACCUCAGCGACCUCAUCGACCUGGUGCCCAGUCUGUGUGAGGACCUGCUGUCGUCGGUGGAUCAGCCGCUGAAGAUCGCGCGUGAUAAAGUCGUGGGUAAAGACUAUCUGCUCUGCGACUACAACCGUGAUGGAGACUCCUACAGAUCCCCCUGGAGUAAUAAAUACGAGCCUCCGAUCGACGACGGCGCCAUGCCCUCGGCUCGUCUGCGCAAGCUGGAGGUGGAGGCCAACAACGCCUUCGACCAGUACAGAGACCUGUAUUUCGAGGGCGGGGUUUCCUCCGUGUACCUGUGGGAUCUGGAUCACGGAUUCGCCGGAGUCAUCCUCAUCAAGAAAGCUGGAGACGGCUCCAAGAAGAUCAAGGGAUGCUGGGACUCCAUCCACGUGGUGGAGGUGCAGGAGAAGUCCAGCGGCCGCACGGCUCACUAUAAACUCACGUCGACCGUCAUGCUGUGGCUCCAGACCACCAAAACCGGCUCGGGCACCAUGAACCUGGGCGGCAGCCUCACCCGACAGAUGGAGAAAGACGAGACGGUCAGCGAAUCCUCUCCUCACAUCGCUAACAUCGGCCGCCUGGUGGAGGACAUGGAGAACAAGAUCCGCUCCACUCUCAACGAGAUCUACUUCGGCAAGACCAAGGACAUCGUGAACGGCCUGAGAUCUAUCGAGUCUCUCCCUGAUAAUCAAAAGUACCGCCAGCUGCAGCGGGAACUCUCUCAGGUUCUGACUCAGCGUCAGAUCUACAUUGACUAGGGAGCGUUCAGACGCUGGCGGAUAAAUCGAAACAGGAGGCUCUGAAGAACGACCUGAUGCACGCGCUUAGCCAACGCAGCAAACAGCAAAGCUAGAGACGAUCACCUGCCGUCUCUCUCUCUCUCAUCUGUCUGUCUCACUCUCUCUGUCUCUCCACCUCACGGCUGUCUGUCUCCAUCUGCGCAAAGCAAAGGAAAAAGGAGGAAAGGCUACGCUUUUUGUUUUUGUAUUUCGGCUCGCGUUUCACCUCACCCGUCUCUCUCUCUGGUCUGUAAUCAUGUAGUAUUAAGACAGCGUCUGAUUGGCUCUCGGUGACAUCAUUGCAGUGGGGGCGGAGCCUGCCAUCAGAAGAACAAGUUUCCUCGUAGUCUCACCGUCACGCACGCGCGUCAGGAAUAAACGAGGAGCGGGUGAUUUAUAUGAAUAUAUAUAUAUAUAUAAAUAUAUAAAUAUCCACACGUAUGUAUUAUGACCAUUGUCUUGCUGUUAAUAUUAAACUUUCUGCUUAAGUCCA